AUGACGGCCACAGGAACGGGAAUCCUACCGAGCUACCAACGAUUCGCAAACGGGGCCCCGAUCGCAUUCGCGCGAAAAUCAUUCCGCUCUCGUGAAAAGUGCGUGGUCGUCUUGGUGUUUCUCACCUUUGGAUUUGUCUGUUUUGGCACGUUUUUCUUUUUACCCGAUUUCCGCGCUGGUUUAAGUUCCACCGAUAGCGUGUAUCGAGUUUACGAUCAAAUUAAACGAGCUGGACCUGAAUUUUUACUUCCACCACCGCCCCCGAUGGAUGAAAGUCCCAGGGGGUUGGGCCUUGUUCGUCACAAUCGCGAUUCUCAAAUGGAUUUGGACCCCCACGUUUUAGACGAUCGCGAAAAAUUACGCGCUAAAAUCGAAUCCGAUGGUGAUUUAAAAGUUUUGGAACGACCCGAUGUUAGAAGAAGUAAUUCUCAAGAAAUUAAAGGAAGAGGUAUUAGGGAGGAUCAAAUUGGGGAUGUAUUGUUACAAGGAUUCACGAACAGUCCGUAUAUUAUUCGAGGGGGCGAGGAUUCCGAUAGAACAGCAAGGGAACGAAGAAAUAAAGUUAAGGAGGUGAGUUUUUCUUUUUAUUUUUGA